AUGCACCCCUGUACCGCAGAAUCACUCCGCCUCCCACUGAUAGACCUCCCUACUCCCCAAACCGUUACUAUGCUCAAUGGGUUGAGCCCCCAGGCUGGCAAAAUCUGGAAGAAUGCUAUCCUUACCUUCUCCCUUGAUGGCAAACGCAUGACAGAGACCUUUUUAAUAUGCAAUACAGGGUCCCACGCUGCCAUCUUGGGAUUGAAAUGGCUGGAUGCCCAUAAUCUGGAAAUUGAUUGGAACAUGCAUACCAUCACCUUCCCUCACGCCCCUCCUGAACACGUGACCAUUGCCAAAGAGGAAGAAGCUGACAAAAAUCCGCUUGAAGGAGUACCCUCCAAGUACCACCAGUAUGCUAAGGUAUUUGGGGAAGAAGAAUUCAACAAGCUUCCCCCACAUAGGCACUAUGACAUUGGAAUUGAGCUAACGGAAGAAGGUCCGCUUAACUUGCCCCUGUACAGCAUGACCGAUGCCAAAUCCGCUACGCUCAAAGAUUGGCUUAGGGAUGAACUCAAAGCCGGAAAGAUCUGUCCCAGCAAAUCAUCAAUCAGCUCUCCUGUCAUGUUUGUCCCAAAAAAGGAUGGCUCACGCCAAUUGGUAGUUGACUAUUGUUGCCUGAAUAACAGGACUAAAAAGAACGUGUAUCCAUUACCCUGCCCAGAUGAUCUGAUGGCCCAAUUACGUGGUGCCAAGAUAUUCUCCAAACUGGAUUUACAAUGGGGAUACAAUAAUGUCUGA